AAAUAUCCAAACGUCAAUCAGCUUCUGCAGUUGCAGCCUUGAUCAAUCAGUCAACCAGUCAACCAGCGAGUCCAUUGUUCAAAAUGUCCAUGAGGAUCCUGUCCGUCGCUCUCCUCCUCCUCCUCCCCCUGUGUCUGUGUACACCAGGGUCGAGGUUCCCACACCGAGGACGAGUCCCUCUGUGCUGCACUGAGGUCUCCUCUACUGAUCUCAGUGCAGAUGUAUCUGGGACGCCCACCACACAACACGCCCACGGACCAUGUGUGAAGGCGUUGAUUUUCCGCACAAGCAAGGGAAAAGUCUGUGUUGACCCUGACGCUAAAUGGACCAAGAAAUUCCUGUGAAGCACCACCACCUGUCUGAGCAUUAUAUUCUCCUGCUGCUGUUCAAGGACCUCCACACACACACACACACACAUACACACACACACACACACACAGUAUAUUCAGUCAUAUUUUCUACAGUAACAAUCCCCAUACAGUCACAUGCCUUUGUUAACUGAGCUAAAACAUAUACAGUAUAUAUGUGUAUAUGUGCAUAAAGUGUAUUAUCAACUAAUAAAUGCAUGUUUCAUGGUUA